AUGUUAUAUACCCCACUUCAACCACUGGUCUAUUCAUGGGCAAAUAUGAAUUCAGCUGGAAUCACCAAGCAACGUACGUUGGGAGCCAUCCUGUUCAUAUUCCAAUGUGCGGGAAACGUUGCAGGUCCUCAAGUUUAUCUCGAGGAAGAAGCUCCGAUUUACAGGACUGGUCUAUACACGGACAUGUCAUGCUGGGCUCUACUGUUCACUUUGAUCUGCUCCAUGGCAGUAUACUUGAGAUACUUGAAUAGAAGACAAAGGAAGAAGAGAGAAAGAAUGGGUAGGAUGGUGGAUAUCCAGGACAUGUCGAUCAUGACUUUGGAGGAGGCGGCGGCUUAUAAACGAGAACUCGCCGCUGCUGGCGAAGGACACGAUAUCAACGCUCACGCUUUCGAUGAUCUAAGUGAUCUUCAAAACCCCGAAUUCCAUUGCAUCUUAUAA